GGGAAAAACUGCAGAGGCGCGCCAUGUCCUUUAGCCUGUGAGCAGCUGUCAUGUCGGCAGACUCAGUGUUUCUGUGUGUCCAGUUAUAAUUCAGAGUUGAUUUUGGCCUAUCAGCUCUGAUUCAGCCUGACGCAGGAGAAGAGCCUGGCGAUGGAGCUGCAGCAGGCUGUGAACGGAGCAGAGGAGGAAGAGGAGGAAGUGGCUGUUGAUGUUCAGGUCACUGAUUUACUGAACGCGCUGAUCGCCUGGAAGGUCCCGGAUGAUCUGUUCACCGUCAGCAGCCUGAAGGCCAGCUUUGAGUCCCUGUUCCGUUCAUUUGACCCAGAAGUUCAGUUUCAGUAUUUCCGGUCGUUUCGACGGGUCAGGAUCAGCUUCAGAGACGCUCUGGCAGCAGCUGAGGCCAGGCUCAGGCUGCACAAGACGGACUUCAAUGGGAGAGAGAUGAGGCUGUACUUUCCUCAGUCUGUCCACAUUGGAAGUCCUCGUCUGGAGCCUCCAAAGCCGGAGAAGCAGUUCCUCAUCUCCCCUCCAGCCUCCCCACCAGUGGGCUGGGAACAGUCUCAUGAUGCCACGCCAGUCAUCAACUACGACCUGCUGUGUGCCAUUUCCACACUUGGACCAGGAGAGAAGUAUGAACUUCACACGGCCACGCCCACUACCCCCAGCGUGGUCGUCCAUGUGUGUGAGGAUGAGCAGGCUGACAGAGCGGCGGCUCCCGACAACGACCAGGAGGACAAGCCCUGUUCCCCCCGGCCAAAGAUCAUCCAGACUCGACGCCCCGACUACACCCCCAGGGUGGAGCAGUGAACUGUGACCGCAACAGAGUGCAAAGUUUCAUCAUGAAGUCAUUGGUCAAGAGCUGACCACGCUCUCACAAAGAUUCUUUGACAGUUUGGGGGAUUUAAGAGGGCCCUCUAGGGAGCGAAGGUGUCCUGGCGAGGGGCGUGUCUUCUAAGAUGGAGACAGAAAACUAGCUGCUGAUUGGACUCUUGUCCAAAACAUUAUGAGUGUCCUGUUAGAACCAAUUGAGCUUAGCCAAUCAGAUGAGACUUAGUGUUUGGGUUUGAGGGCUGAAGGAAAUGUUACCGCUGCAUCAUUGUAAAAUCUCCCUCACUUUGUCCUCAUCCAGUUUGCCUGAUUUUCCACCUUGGUGAAAUCCAGUGUUAAAUUAGGCUCAGCCCAAAUCAUAUAUCAUAUAUCCAUUCACUUUAUUGUAUGGCCGCUUUAAUUUCCAAUAUGAACAAAGAGUUGGUCAGGUGAUUGGAACUGAAGGAGUGUAUUCUUGCUGCUGAUAAACUCUUUUGUUCUGCUUUGCCAGAUGACUUUGCUACUGUUUCAUCUGAUGACUGAGCUUUACAUAUCUGCUCUGCUGAACCAAGCAGGCACCCAUACUGCCUGUGGCGGCAUUUCCUUCUGCAACAGAAAGCCAAGAGGGGGUGGCCUCUUUCCAGGUGGAUGUAUUUAGUGUUGGUAGGUUGGAAAAUCCAGGCUCCAGAAAGCUUGUUUUGUUUCUGCUGGGAUUUUGUGUGAGAUCAUCGUAUGAAUGUUUCCUGCAGUGUCACAUCAUGGCAAAAGUAUUCACAUCUUCUGACCUUUCAGCUUCUCUUCUUUUACUAAAAAUAAAAACAGGAGGGAGAACAAAGUAUGUUGUAGUUUGUUUUGAAAAGUUUUUUUCUGUUAUUAAUAAUACUGUGGUUGGACCCGGACAAAAUGUGGAGAAGCUCAGUGGGGUGUGAAUACUUUUAUGACUGUGUGUCCUGCUUUACCUGUCGACAUGUAACUGAAAGCACACGUUUGCACAACCCCGACUAAUUGUAGUCGGGGUGUGCAGACCUGACGUACUCGUGUUGUCUUCAGUGUUAGCAUUGCUUACAGACUGACCAUAAUAGCUCCUGAAAAUAUGUUUAUUAAUGAAAGAGAUCACACUCUGUAGGGAAUGUUAUUUUUUUGUUUAAAAAGUGACAGUGAUUGAUUAAUGCCUAUAUAAAUGCUGAUCACUUGACACAGUUGCAAGUUCCAGGAAGCUCUGGGUCAACGGCACUGUGAGAAACAUGUCUGCAUUUGAACUCUGCACAAGGCUCUGUGUUUUAGUCCUGAAACAUUUAUUUGAAUAAAUAUAACUUACUGUUUGUGGAACAACAAUAAAUAGAAGUUUGAGAAAAUUA